UGAAUUUCUGUCUGAUGAGUAAGUACAUUUGCAUUAUUUUGUGCAAUAUUGAAACCGGGAGUUCUGUGAUUGAGAAGAUAGACAUUGGACAUGCUUCUACCAUUUUGCACCUCGGGUAUCGUCGUUUCGAUAAUAUAUAGCCAGCAUAGUGUUUUACGCGUUGGCCUCAAUCAUUACGGUACAAUUCUAUGGUGACGUUCUUUCUGAUUUCGUAGCCACAAUGAAAUAUCAUAUAAUACGCCACUUUUUCUGUUUAUAAAUGUAAUAUUUGUAGGAUUAAUAGGCCGUCCUUCACACAGUGUAGCCAGUAGUAUAUAUUGUAACCUAAAUACAUAGCUAGCUACAGUGAGUUAGAACACAAUAAGUAGCUAGCUAGAUUCAUCAGCCGACUACUAGACAUACAGCUACUGCUAACGUUACUAGUUAGUUAGCUAACGUUAGCUAAGUUACAGUGAUACCGCCACGUCUUCUUAACCUCCCACUGGGCUACUGAGUGACCCUUUACAAUGGCCGCUGAAAGAAAACGUAAGCGAUCGGGCAUCGAAGAUGUGAGAGACAGAAAAGCAAAGGUUAUUAAAGACAGCGGUGAGAAGAGACACAUCGCAGCCCUGAUCCUGGCGAGGGGAGGCAGUAAGGGGAUCCCCCUGAAGAAUAUAAAAAUGCUAGCCGGUGUCCCGCUCAUUGGAUGGGUUCUGAGAGCUGCAGUGGACUCCAAACAGUUUGACAGUGUGUGGGUAUCAACUGACCAUGAUGACAUUGAGAAGGUAGCCAAGGCAUGGGGAGCUCAGGUUCACCGCAGGAGCCCAGAGGUGUCCAAAGACUCCUCCAGCUCUCUCGACACCAUCCAGGAAUUCGCCCGAUUAAACCCAGAGGUGGAUGUGAUCUGUCACAUCCAGGCCACGUCUCCCUGCCUGCACCCCUUCCACCUGAAGGAGGCCCUGGAGAUGAUCACCAAGCAGGGCUUCACGUCCGUCUUCUCCGUGGUCCGACGACACCACUUCCGCUGGCAGGAGGUGAAGAAAGGAGGUAGUGCAGCCACCCAGCCUCUCAACCUGGAUCCAUCCAACAGGCCCCGGAGACAGGACUGGGAUGGAGAGCUGUGUGAAAACGGAUCUUUCUAUGUCUCCACCAGAGCCCUUAUAGAGGAAGGUGUUUUGCAGGGGGGGAAGUGGGCUUACUAUGAGAUGCUGCCAGAGUACAGUGUGGAUAUUGAUGUGGAUAUCGACUGGCCCGUGGCAGAACAGAGAGUACUGAGGUUUGGUUACUUUGGUCUGGACAAGCCUGAGGUGGUGCGUCUGCUGCUGUGUAACGUCUCCGGCUGUCUGACUGAUGGCCGCGUCCUCAUCUCUGUCUCUGGAGAGGAGAUGGUCUCAGUCAACACCAGAGAUACUAUGGGUAUCCGCAUGCUGCAGAGAGAGGGGGUGGAGGUGAUCCUGAUCUCGUCCAGUGAGGACCUUCUGACCAAGGCCCUGGCUGACAAUCUAUCCCAGAGGACAGGCUGCGAGGUCAGACAGCUGGGCAAGGACAUCCAGUGUGAAGUCAAAGCCAUGAUGGACGACAAGGAUCUGGACUGGAAGGAGGUCGCCUAUAUGGGUAAUGAUGCACCAGAUGUUGACUGUCUGAACCUGGCUGGGCUGAGUGCAGUACCGCAGGACGCCCCAGUGGUGGCGAUCAACGCUGCUAAAUACUCCUGCCACAGUGCUGCAGGCCUGGGGGCUGUGAGGGAGUUUUCUGAACACAUCCUGCUGCUCAAGAAGAAGGCCAAGUCUCAGAUGGAACAGGACCGUAUCCACAGAAAUACAUUCUAAAUGCUAGAAUGUGUUCUAAAGUCACAGAGAUCCAUUCUAAACACUAGAAUGUGUUCUAAAGUCACAGAGAUCCAUUCUAAACUCUAGAAUGUGUUCUAAAGUCACAGAGAUCCAUUGUAAACUCUAGAAUGUGUUCUAAAGUCACAGAGAUCCAAUCUAAACUCUAGAAUGUGUUCUAAAGUCACAAAGAUCCAUUCUAAACUCUAGAAUGUGUUCUAAAGUCACAGAGAUCCAUUCUAAACUCUAGAAUGUGUUCUAAAGUCACAGAGAUCCAUUCUAAACUCUAGAAUGUGUUCUAAAGUCACAGAGAUCCAUUCUAAACUCUAGAAUGUGUUCUAAAGUCACAGAGAUCCAUUCUAAACUCUAGAAUGUGUUCUAAAGUCACAGAGAUCCAUUCUAAACUCUAGAAUGUGUUCUAAAGUCACAGAGAUCCAUUCUAAACUCUAGAAUGUGUUCUAAAGUCACAGAGAUCCAUUCUAAACUCUAGAAUGUGUUCUAAAGUAGGGAUGGGCAUUAGAAAUAAUAUCAUGACAUUUUUUCGGAUAUCCGGAUAGAGAAAAAGUAGCCACUGACUCGCGCUAGUUAGACACUUGUAAAUGCCAUAGGUUAUCUAUCAUCCAAUAUGGCAGUGCAUGUCUUUACUGCAUCAAAUCAAUGUAAAGAUGCAAGCUAAGACAGCCAAAUGUUAGCUAGCUAGUUGAGGCGCUGCCUGUCCUGAUCUACAACAACCCGGUUCAGAUUAAACAGCCUAUACUGAAGGUUGUUCAUUGUUGCCUACUCCUCAUUUAGUUUACUUAAUUCUGUAAUUUUAAUUCAACUUUUAUUUGAUUGAUUAGAGAUCUCCCACUUCACGUUGCUACACAUGGAGCCUCUGACUAGUGUCAACAACAGCAAGCUAAGUGAAACCUGUGUAGGCUAAUACCGUAUGUAUUUUUUAAACUAUAUUCACAUUUGUGACGUUGUUUUAUUAAAUUAAGAAUUCCAAAUAUCAUGAGUGUAGAAAUGUCCCAUAGAUAAUUUUAUUCAAUUAAGAUGAAGGCUUGUCAUUGUUAAAAUAGGCCUGUGAUUUAUUUGUAUUCCUACUCUCGCAAGUAUUCGAAUACUAAUGUCUGUUCGAAUAACUGUGCCCAUUGCUAGUUUUUACAGGUUGUCAGAUCAAGGUAGUUUGGGUUUUAUAUCACUACAGGUUGUGUUGACAAAAAUGAAUGUCUUUACUUUAAAUGAAGUAGUAUACAGGAGGCCUUUCAUUUACUUCAGAUUGUUUUUCUCUCCACUUUAUAAUGUUCUGUCUUCAUUUUGGGGGGGAAGUAUUAGGACAUUAACUUGGAGUUGCACUGAGAUUCUUGUUGUUUGGGGUGUUUACUUUUGUGUUUUGCCUGCAAUUUGUUUGUAAAAUUAUAUAUGAUCAUAAACGUAAGAAACACUUUCUUA